UCAAAACGAAUCAGAAUUUAGAGCUUUUGCAUCUGAAAAACCAAAAUUCACGAGUAAAAAACAAUGGCAGAAGUUACUAAAGAGAAAAUCUUAAGCCUAGCUCAGCAAUAUGCAUUGCCUGGGAAUGAGGACAAACCUGAAGUAGCAGAAGAAUCAAGUGAUGAAGAAGAUGUUGCAGAUGAAACACCAGAGCUAAAGCUUGAGACAGCACCUGUAGAUUUUCGGUUUCCGACUACAAAUCAAUCAAGACAUUGCUUCACCCGCUACAUCGAACAUCAUAGGUGUGUUGCAGCUAAAGGGGAGGGUGCUUCUGAGUGUGAAAAAUUCGCAAAAUAUUAUCGAUCACUUUGCCCUGGUGAAUGGGUAGAUAGAUGGAAUGAGCAAAGGCAGAAUGGAAACUUUCCUGGUCCGUUGUAGAUUUUUCAGAUCUCGAACCGGAACAUUCAUCAGAAAACAGCUUUACCUUCUAUGGAACUUGAGUUUUGGAAUUUUUUGCCAAGACUCUGUUUA